GCUCGUAUCCUGCUAUGCCCCAAAUAGAGCUCGUUUAAGGCGCAAGGCAAGACAAGCUGCCGCAGCUGCGCUCUAGGCUUCGCUGAGUGUCUUGUAAAGGGUUCCUGCGCCGCCCGCGAGGACACGCGGAGACCCCGCGAGCAGCCGCCGUGUCCGCGUUGACCAGCACGAGCUCACCGCGCCGGAGGCGAUGGGAUCUGACCGGCAUACUGAUACGGCUCGCGACCUCAGGACCGAGCAGCGCUUCUAAAUCGCCAGCAACACUCUAGCCCUCUCUCACUAUCACGCUUCCUCCUCUUCCUCCUCACGCUAUUUGUUCAUCUCUCCUCCGCCUCUAUCCUCCCACCUCCUCCGCAUUGGAAAAGGGUGAAAAUAAACCAGAUUUUUUCCGCGUUUUUGCGUGAAUAGCGUUUUGAUGUUGGUGACAGAGCCGCGCAUGCGUGGCUGUGUUGUCGGAAUUCAGGGGCUGCUUCAGACUAAGUUUAUUUCUCUAAUCUUCAUCUCUGUGUUCGGAGUGAGUGAUGUGGACGACUCGAGACCGCUGGCGCACGGGGAUUCUCUCUCUCCCGGUGCUAGUCACCAUGGUUCUGGGCGCGCAGAGCCCGAGCGAACCUAGCAACAUGUCAUACGUCAAAGUCACCGUGGAUAAACUGCUGAAAGGCUACGACAUACGACUGAGGCCAGACUUUGGAGGUCCUCCUGUUGACGUCAUCAUGAGCAUUGACAUCUCCAGCAUUGAUAUGGUAUCAGAAGUAAACAUGGACUACACCAUCACCAUGUAUUUCCAGCAGUCAUGGCGGGACAAGCGGUUGUCCUACACGGGGAUUCCUCUCAACCUGACACUUGACAACCGCGUGGCUGACCAGCUCUGGGUACCUGACACCUACUUCAUAAACGACAAGAAAUCCUUCGUUCACGGAGUCACUGUCAAGAACCGCAUGAUUCGACUGCACCCGGACGGAACUGUCUUGUAUGGACUCAGGAUCACCACCACUGCCGCCUGUAUGAUGGACCUGCGCAGAUACCCCCUGGACGAACAGAACUGCACCUUGGAGAUUGAGAGCUACGGCUACACCACGGACGACAUCGAGUUUUACUGGCAGGCUGGCAAAUCGGUGAGGGGCGUGAGCAACAUCGAGCUGCCUCAGUUCUCCAUCAUCGACUACCAAACAAUUUCGAAGAAAGCCGUGUUUGCCACAGGCUCAUACCCCCGUUUGUCUCUGAGUUUUAAGCUGAAGAGGAACAUCGGCUACUUCAUCCUGCAGACUUACAUGCCCUCCACCCUGAUCACCAUCCUGUCCUGGGUCUCCUUCUGGAUCAACUACGACGCCUCAGCUGCUCGAGUGGCUUUAGGGAUCACUACUGUGCUGACUAUGACCACCAUCAACACCCAUUUGCGCGAGACACUGCCCAAGAUCCCGUACGUGAAGGCCAUCGACAUCUACCUGAUGGGCUGCUUCGUGUUCGUGUUCCUGGCGCUGCUGGAGUACGCCUUCGUCAACUACAUCUUCUUCGGCCGAGGCCCGCACCUGCAGAAGAAGAAGGCCGAGAACUUGGCCAAGAGCACCAACGAGAAGCAGCAGCGCAUGGACGCCAACAAAGUCCAGGUCGACGCUCAUGGGAACAUCCACCUGGCCAACAUGGACCUGAGGAACGAGAUGACUGGGGUGGAGAUGCUGGGUGGCCUGGGAGGCACCAACACCAUGUUCUCCUACGACAGCGCCAGCAUCCAGUACCGCAAGCCGAUGACGGGCCGCGACCUCUACGGCCGGCCCACGCCGUCGCUGGAGCGGCCGAUCGGGCCCAAGAAGAGCCGCCUGAGGCGCCGGGCUUCGCAGCUCAAGGUGAAGAUCCCCGACCUGACGGACGUCAACGCCAUUGACAAGUGGUCGCGCGUCAUCUUCCCGUGCUUCUUCAGCUUCUUCAACCUGGUCUACUGGCUAUACUACGCUGGUUAAGUAGAGGCCCCCACCCCUGCUCCUGUUGGCCACUCUGGGCUCUACUCGCCAUGUCUGUCUGGCAUAGGAGUUGCUGCGUGUUGGCCAUCAUUUAAUUGUGACUUACUCGGAGGAGGAAGGAACAAGUCCCAAAACAGGAAGAAGGUUGUUUUCAGUGUACAUACAGUUGAAUAUAUAAAAAUAUAAAUACCUAUAUAAAUAUAUAUAUAUAUAUAUAUAUAAAUGACAAAAAGAAAAUUAUAAUUUAAAAGAGAAGAACAAAUGUUUAAAAAGAAAUGUAAUUUAUUAAUAAUUUAUCUUUAUCUUGGCUUUUACUCUGUUCAUUCAUAGAGAUAGUCUAGUUAACAUUAGUCCAGAGAAUUAAGACACAACUCGACUCAGCACCUGCAUUUGUGCCAAACACGGAUCGCAGAGACUGAUCUUCAUCACGCAAUGGCUUCCCCCCCCCUACAGGGAGACUCAUGCUCAUCCACUUAGACACACACACACACAGACACACACACACACACACACACACACACACACACAAACACACA